AUGUUUUCAUCAUUUCAAAAGGGUCCUGUCGACCCCAUGUACCUUCUCAAAACCGCUGCCGACAACGACGUAUCCCCCCAAAAAGCUGAUCUUGGUGUUGGUAUUUACCGGAACGAGAGUGGCCUCUAUAGUGAGCUCAAGACUGUUACAAAGGCGAAGAAAGUCUUGGCCAAGAAUGAUCCAGGCCAUGACUAUGAGAUCACCAUCGGCAAUGAGAAAUUCCUGAACAAUGCUGCACGCGUCAUGUUUGGGCAAGAUUGUCAACUACUGAAUUCUGGCAACAUGGCAUCAGUCCGGACCGUAUCCGGUACAGGGGCAUGCCAUAUCGCUGCUUUAGCCUUGAGCGAGUCCAUCUCGCCUCGUCCAAAGGUGUUCGUUGGUACCCCGACCUGGGGUAACUAUAAGCCAAUAUUUGAACUAGUCGGCAUGAAAGUGACAGAGUAUUCGUAUCUCGAUGCCAAUACGCGAACUAUCGACUUCUCCUCUAUCAUCUCGGCAGCAGAGUCGGCCCCUCCCCGAAGCGUUUUCAUCCUCCAAGCCUGUUGUCACAACCCUACAGGCGUCGAUCCCACGAAAGAACAAUGGCAAGAACUUGGGUCAGUCAUGAAAGAACAUAGCCACUUUGUGUUCUUUGACAUUGCCUAUCAAGGCUUGGGUAAUGGAGUUGAUGAAGACGCCUAUGCUGUCCGGCUGUUCGCGAGUCUCGGCCUUGAGAUGUUUGUAUGCCAAUCAUUUUCCAAGAACUUUGCUUUGUACGGCGAGCGAUGCGGUGUUCUCCACGCUGUAUGCCCUGAUCGUGAGACAGCAGCAAAUGUUCGCGACCGCCUUAGAUGCUUGAUACGAUGGGAGUUCUCGUCUUCUCCUGCGUAUGGAAGCCGCUUGGUCACUAUUGUACUGGGAUCGAAUCAACUUGCUGAUGAAUGGGCACAAGAGUUACAUGACAUACAGCAUCGAUUAAAAAGCCUUCGUAAACAACUUCACUACACAUUAACAGAAGUCUUGCACACACCAGGUAGUUGGGAUCAUAUCUUAUUAGAGACUGGUCUUUUCUCGUACCUCAACCUCACGCCGCAACAAUGUCAAUCACUCAUCGACAAGUUCCACAUAUAUCUUCCAUCGAACGGCCGAAUUAAUAUCUCGGGUCUCAACCAAGAUAACAUUUUGAGAGUGGCGAAGUCUUUUGAUCAGGUCGUUCGCGAGGAGAUCAGCAAGGAAUCUCAACCCAGAGCGUCUCUGUAA